GCCAAGGAAGAUGUCUGUCCUUCGUGUUCUCGUUUGUGCGAUCCUCUACACCAGUGUUCUAAGACUGCAUGUACACAGUGCAAAUAUUUCAAAUGGGAAAGAUGCAAAACAGAGUACUACUCACACUGAUUCCAAAGGCACGUCUCGUGGUGCGGAGCGGGCUCUUAAUAAGGCUUAUGCUGCAUUGGGAUCAUUGACUCUUCCUGGCAGCUCGUCCUGGUGGCAAGUGGACCUUGGGGUUACUUCAGCAUCAUCAACAUCACGAUCACAGCAGUCACUCUGUGGGGAUGGCAUAUAUACAUGCCAAAUGCCUACGUGGAGGUGAUGGACAAGGAUGUCAGCCUCUGCUCUGACGUCCAGGUGGUGUGGUGUGGAGCAGUGUCCAGCACUGUUGCUGCUGGGGAAGAGUUCACCUUCACCUGCAACGCCACGUUCCCCGUCCGCUUUGUCCGUGUCACAAGGAGAUCUACUGUCGCCGUAGGUGUACGGAUCGGAAUUGGACAUAUCGAUAUACAAGGGGAAGGGACAAAGAAGCCCCACCGUUCCUACUACAAAACGUCCAAGAAAAAGACGUCCGAGCCGUUCCUGACCACGUCGGCCAUGACAGCUGGCGAAUGUGGCAUCAUUUGUCAAAGGUAUUAUUCGUGCAUCGACUUCAGCUACAGUGCAACAGCACCAACUGAUGAAAACUGUCUGCUAACCCACAAGACAUUGUCGUCACACUACCUUGACGAUAAUUCCUGGACAACCUACAUCUUGUCCUGUAUGUAAUCUUUCAACUCAAAAUAUGGCUCCUUCAUUCAAACUUUAUGACAUUGUACUUUAAUGCACUCACUAUCACAGCCUAUUCCGUUAACCUGGAGGUUUUUCAAGAUAGGUUUUCAACAGGUUUUAAUAAUAGUAUUUUCAUUGAUAUAUAUAUAUAUAUUGAUGACAACAGUAAAUUCUUUUUUUAAAACAUAUUUUACACAGUUCCAGGUCGAUGAGAUAACAAACCUGUUGGUGUAUAUAUGUUUCACAUGGCAACAUUGUGAGUGGCUGGAUUCGUAAACCUAGUUAGAUACAAAGUAAAAAGUCCCACCUGGCGUUAUUGACACGCCGUUAAAGUACAGAUAAUAAUAUAUAUAUAUAUAUAUACUUUAGGGUUUGUAAUAUGCGGCAUAAAGGGUUAACCUUGUUCAGUGUUGUUCUCCUAGUCUUGAUAGUAUGACCCUCAGUACUUGCCUCCCUUUGUAAUAUGUAUGUUGACGUACUGAUCACAGUUGUUCUACAUGUAGUUAUUUGGAAUUAUUUCGACAUCAAGAGCGAUCUAGUGAAAAGACACCAGUCUAGUCUCCAGUAUCACAGAGAACCUAUGUUCAAAGGGAUGCUUUGGUUGAUUGACUUCUGUUGAGUUAAUACAUGACAUCUUUGACACAACAAUGUUGUGCAAUCGACCAGUAUGUCGCGCGUUUGCUUGUCAAGCUGACCCGCACCAAAGCGAUAUAAAUAUGUAAUUCUUUAUUAUCUGUUAAUGCAAUUAGCAACGUCACAAACCACUGGAGCUGUAUGUCAAAACAUAUAAGCUGUCUAUCAGAAAGGAGAUUAUGAGCAUGACGCAUCAUUAUCUUAGCAGCUAUUCUCUGGAAUCAUUCUUUGACACAAAUGCACUCAAAGACAUAAACCAAUUUUAAUGAUAAUCAAUCACCACAAAGGAAAAUACUCGUUUAUGGAUGUCUGAGCUUUCGAUAUUCCUGGCAAUGUAUACUGAAGCGACACAGUCAAUGUGUAUGUUUGUGAUUCUUGAGUGAAGAUGGACAGGCUUCAUUAGUGACUAUACAAAUAUACACAAGACAUUAUAACAUGUUGGGCUGUGCUCCAUCCUUUCAUGACAACUGUGGUCUUGUGCCAGUGAAACAGAGCCUAUAGCCCUCACCUUUCAGCGAUGUUAAGGAGACAGUUAUAGAUAAUAUUGUUAUAGCCUGUGUUUUACAAUGUAAAUGAUACUGAAAUAUUAAAUUGAGUACAGGGUGUAAACUAGAAUUGACUCACCCACUCAAUAAGGUCAACUGUAAAAUGGUGAUGUUCAGCAGGAUAAGAUGAUGUUAAAUAUAGCUUGUCACUUUGAUGAUGUGUUUUAGAUGUGACGAUUCGUGCCUCAUGUUUAUGUACAUACUUGUUCUUAAUAAAAUAAAUAUGUUU